CAUACAGACCAUGUGAUCAUGCAAUUCGGUCCCACAAAAGCCCAAAAUUCGCCGGAAAGCAUGCAGUGGAACCGAGAGAGUGCUCAAGGUGCUCACGCUUUUGAUAAAUAGGUUUCCUUUGGACUGAGGAUCAUCAUUGCCAAGAAACUCCUCGAGAGCAACAGAUCUCAUUGCUAACUCUGCAAUUAAGUAGUAUUACCACCGACCACAACCAACACUUACUCUAAUCAUUAUGAAGCCCGCUACAACCAAUGGUUCCUCCGACAAGUUGGACUACAGUGAACUUCAAGAUCCUUACUUCUACGUAGUGCUAUCCUCUUUGUAAUGCCACUCUAAUAUGAUUCUCAAGCAAUCACCGCAUCAGCCUAACCAUGGAGGAUUAUUCCCCAGCUUCGUGGGAAGAAGCUGGGGAAUACCCCACUUCGUGGCAAGCCUAUCGUUGAAAUGCUUCCAGAUACCAAAGAAAUCUCCUUUGUGCCAUUGAUUUAUUACCAUAUUGCCCAGUUCAUGCAGACGCGCUCUCCUGUGAACUUAGUGCUAUGAGCCUAUGACCAAGUCCAAGAAAGAACUACGAUCUCUGUGGAUUACCCGGGUUGCCACUUGCCAUUGAACGUGAGCUCCUCCUCCGUCUCCAUACAUUCACCACCAUCCACGCACCCAUCCGUUUCUGUCUUCCUGAGGCUGAACCCGUCAGACGGCAUUUAUAACAACCAGGGCCAAACCUGGCUUACCUUAGUCUCGGUUGAUAGCUACUUGAGAUAAAUGAGCGUCAUUGGAUCAGUCAAGAAACAAGUUAUAGAAAGUCUACUCGGUGUUAAAAGAGCUGUGAUACGUAUCUUGUGAAUAAAAAGCAUAAUAAUAAUAAUAUCAAUAAUUAUCAAGGAAUCAUGAGAUAUUUGUUCAGUGUCUGGUCUUGUCUUUUAUGUCUCUUCGCCCUUGGAAAUAACGUUUUUACCUCCUCCGAAGGACUACUAGUGAGAAACAAGAGACAAAUUCAGUUUGGUGGGGAUUCUGUCGAUGUAAAUGAAGGUAAUGGGGGAUUAGCUGAUCUACUAGGCGUCAAAACGAUCUCAACCCGUAUCACUCCAGAAACCAGGGCUGAAGGCAAUUCUUGUACCACUCCUAGAUUUGGGAGAAGAGCUGGUCAGCCUGGCACUUGCUCCUUCAUCUCGGAUCCUUCAUGUUCCCAAAUUGUGCGACAAAUCCAACGUCGGGGAGUGACCCGCCGUAUCCUCAAUUACCUGAGGGCAGCCAUUGCUAGUCCAUGUGGAUUCGAUCAAACGGACUACACACUUUGUUGCCCUGGAAGGCAGACGGAGCCCACCACCGCACCACCAACAACGACAACGACGACGACGACGACGACUACUUCCAGACCUGGUCAGUUCCGAUCUUGUGGAUCAUCGCCUUUCAGAGUUCGGAUUGUCGGAGGCUCGGAGGCCACUCCUGGAUCUUGGCCGUGGGCUGUUAUCCUGGGUCAACCUUCGGGUACAAGUUUUCGCGUGUUUUGUGGUGGAACCCUGAUUGACUCCACGCAUGUUCUGACGGCGGCUCAUUGUUUCCCUCGGAGUCAAAUCACUCAUGUCCGGUUGGGCGAGCAUGAUAUCACGACCUCAUCCGAUGGAGCUAGUCCGGUGGACAUUCGAAUCAGGUCGACGAAGGUCCAUGAGCAAUGGAACUCAAACUCUUUGAAAAAUGACAUAGCUAUUGUGACCUUGUCGCAACCUGUAUCCUUUACCAGCAGGAUUCUUCCAGCUUGUUUGCCAAACAGAUUGCAGGGUACGGAUCUAUCCGUCCUGCCGCAGCCCUUCAUCAUUGGAUGGGGAUCAAAUGGAACUUCGUCCGGUACCGCCACGGCCUUAAGACAGGCUCCAAUUAACGUGGUGAGUCAACCCGACUGUGAUAGGGCCUACGGAAAUAUUCAGCGAGUCACCAUUGGCAACGACCAGGUCUGUGCUGGCAAUGGACAAAUUGACACUUGCACUGGUGAUAGCGGAGGGCCUAUCCAAUCCGAAAUUGACGGUCGAUGGACGAUACUGGGCAUUACUUCCUUUGGAGUGGGUUGUGCCCGAGAGGAGUUUCCGGGAGUGUACACACGUGUGGACAACUUCUUGAGUUGGAUCAGCACGAAUACCUAAUGAAAACGUACUGGACAUUCCUUUUCUAUGUAAAUACAGUACAAUCGUGAGAGGAUCAAUUUAA